CCACGUGGUCGACGUGACGCUCCUGUGGAAGCGACUCCUCGUCAACGAAUGGGUCGUCCCGCGCGUUGAUGGCCAUGUAGGGGGUGCGGAUGAAGGGCAGGUGCGGCUUGGACGCCGAUUUAAUGUAGUAGUCCUUCUCGUCAGCAUAGCCGAAGAUGGGGGCGAUGAAGUGGCGAUCGAACUCGCCGAUGGUCUUGGCCUCGCGGACGCCAUCGAGGUUGAACGACCCAGGGAACCUGACAGGCACAAGAAACCCCAUGGAUGCCUGCGCCCAUUUUGUGUGCGAGAGGCCGUUUGUCUCACCUCUGAUGGUGAGUCUCGGCCUUCACUUUGAGGGUGCGAAGAAAAUUCCCAGUGUAGACCAGACGCGAGAAGCCAGGGGAGUCGAUCUUGGGCUGGGCUGCCAGUGGAUCGAACGGCACGCAGGCCACCGCCGCGCCCCUGACGCCUUUCUCCGCAUAGGCCUCCUCUCCCAUGGAACCAAGCCACUUGGUGAUCACGUUGCCGCCAAGCGAGAAGCCGGCGAGAAACAGUGGCCGCGAGGGGGCGAUGUGACGGAACCGCUCGACGAGGAACUGCAGAUCUUCUGUGAAGCCAACAUUGUAUGCGCGGACCUAAACACAAGGCAUCAGGCGAGAGUGGUCAGAAUGUGUGUAUGUGCAAACGGUUUCUCGCGUCAGGACUGCUCACCGUCUUCGGCAACUCGCCGGAGCAAGAUCUGAAGUUGACCAGACAAACGUCGAAGUUCCUCGCGUGGAAGGCCCUGGCCAUCUUGAGACAGAGAGGGCUCCUCGAGUUGCUUUCCAGGCCAUGCAGCACCAGCACAAGCGGGUGGUUCGUCGACGGCUUCUCGACACGCCCCUCCGCCACACACCGGUGCAGCUCAUGGGCACGGUCACCAUCCCAGUAGUAGAAGUCCAUGUCGAUGAAAUCGCCGUCCGGCGUGUCCACACGCACUCGAAUAAGGUCGUCGAUGAAGUGCCACUGGCUGUGCCGACCGAACAGCCGGGUGCGGACGGAUUCUGAGCCGAAGAUGGUCUGGAUGUGCUGGUUCCGCGCCCAUAGUGGAGGGAUAUAGGGCACUGGCUCGAAGGACUUGGCCACUGCGACGCGUUGGGAGAGCGGGAGGGAGGGGAGGGCGGCAGAAGAGGCCUGACAGGGAACACACAAACAGACAUAGAUGACACGCUCGUCUCACUCCUCGUCCGAGUGCUGUCCUUACCUCUGCAGCUGUGGGUGGGAGGUUGUCUUGCCUCACUUGCUGAGGGAGCAAGGCAUCGCAGGCGCCAAACACCGGGUCAACAGACAACAGAGAAGCAGUACAAGAGCAGCCCAAGCCGCAGAUCAGUCACCACACGAAGCCAUACACGCGCAUCCACAGCACCAGCAUGAACGAGCACACCGUCCCCCCCUCACCACCAACCCACCCACCUGUGUCAU